AUGGUCCUGCUUCUGUUUCUGCUGCUGCUGCUGCUGCUGCCUUAUACAGACUGUGGGAUGCUGAAGGCAAAAUGCCCCUUGACUUUGGAGAGAGAUGAGAUAGACCCAUUCAAUUAUUACAGGCCAGGAGACCACCUCAUUGGCGGGGUCAUCUCGGCCACAAGAGCUUUAUUUCAUCCACACGUCUUCAACAAGCCUCCCUCUACCAGCUUUAACCAGGAAUUACCGGCAAAGUACUGGCAGUUCCUCUCCUUCUUGUUUGCCAUUCAGGAGAUCAACCAGAAUCCCAGGCUCUUACCCAACAUCACCCUGGGCUACAGCAUCCAUGAGAACUUUUUUCAUGGAAGGUUGACGUACAAUGCUUUGUUAGACCUGCUGUCUACUGGGGAGACAAAUGUUCCAAACUACAAUUGUGAAAGAUGGAAUAAUUUACUGGCGGUUCUUGAAGGGGCUGACACUGAAAUCUCCAUCCAGAUUUCGGGUUUCUUGGGCAUCUAUAAGAUCCCCCAGGUCAGUUAUGCUUUUGCUUCUCCUGUUCUGAGCGAUAAGACCCAGUUCCCUUUCUUCUACCGGAUGGUCCCCAAAGAAGAUGCCCAGUACCCAGGGAUUGUCAAGCUGCUCCUGCACUUCGGGUGGACGUUCAUUGGUCUCCUUGCUAUGGACACUGAGAAUGGAGAGAGGUUCAUGAGGACCUUGACGCCUCUGCUCCUCAGGAGUGGCAUUUGUGUUGCCAUCUCAGAAAGCUUCCCACGACUAGACACAAGUAAACUCCACCCUUUCCUAAGAACCCCCCAGUUUUACAAUUCUUCAAUGGCUGGAAUGUAUUUGGAUGAGAAUGGGGAACCCACAGCGGACUUGGACAUCGGCAACUGGGUGGUGUUUCCCAAUGGGUCCAUCCUCAGGGUGAAGUUUGGGAGAUUAUACAGACAGGGAUCCCCAGACCUACAGCUCACCAUUGACCAGGAGGCCAUUGUGUGGCCCAAGUGGCUCAACCAGACCCUGCCCCCUUCCAGGUGUGUGGAAAGCUGCUGCCCUGGAUUCAUCAAGGUGGUUCAGGAAGGGAAGCCACUUUGCUGCUACGACUGCGUUCCCUGCGCGGAAGGGACCAUCUCCACUCAGGAAGAUGCAGAUUUUUGCAUCAAAUGUCCAGAAAGUCAACAUCCAAACAAGAACCAAGAUCAAUGUGUGCCCAAGAUUACCACUUUCCUGGCUUAUGAGGAAGACUUGGGGAUCCUCCUGGCUUCCUUUGCCCUGAUCUUGUCCUUAACCACGGGCUUUGUUUUAGCAAACUUCAUUAAAUACAAGGAAACCCCAAUAGUCAAAGCCAACAACCGGGACCUCUCCUACAUCCUUCUCGGCUCCCUCCUGCUUUCAUUUUUGUCCUCCUUCCUCUUCAUUGGCAGGCCAAGGAAAGUGACCUGCCUAUUCCGACAAAUGACCUUCAGCAUCAUCUUCUCAGUUGCCGUCUCUUCUGUCUUGGCAAAAACCAUCAUGGUGGUGCUGGCCUUCCUGGCCACAAAGCCAGGGAACAGAGCAAGAAGAUGGCUGGGGAAGGGUGUGGCCAACUCCAUUGUCAUUUCCUGCUCUGGUGUCCAAAUUGCCAUCUGCACCAUCUGGCUGGGCAGUUCACCCCCAUUUCCAGAUUCCGAUAUGCACUCCUUGCCUGGAGAGAUCAUCCUGCAGUGCAAUGAAGGGUCUGUUGCCAUGUUUUACGUUGCUCUUGGCUACCUGGGCUUCCUGGCUGCCAUCUGCUUCACAGUGGCUUUCCUAGCCAGGAAGCUGCCUGGAGCCUUCAAUGAAGCCAAGCUGAUCACCUUUAGCAUGCUGGUGUUCUGCAGUGUUUGGAUCUCCUUUGUGCCCACUUACCUGAGCACAAAGGGGAAAUACAUGGUAGCCGUGCAGGUCUUCUCCAUCUUGGCCUCCAGUGCUGGGCUCCUGGGCUGCAUCUUCAUUCCCAAGUGGUACAUUAUUGUCCUGAGGCCUGAUCUAAACACAAAGGCAUAUUUAACAAUAAAAACAAGAGAAGAAAUCUGA